CCCCGCUCGGGGCAGUCGCCCGCCGACUCCGCUUGUGCUUGUGUGACUCGCGCCGCUCUGUGCACCGCACUUGUGACCCGAACACGACGCGUGCCGCCCCGCCGUGCCGCGAAUAUAGCAUACCGGCGAAUCAGUUUGUUUCGACUCGUCUUUACUUGAGUGCGACUUGAUAUGAUUUGACUUUUCGGACAUUCGAAUCCCCUUACCCGGCUUGUUUUACCCCCGUCAUAGUGUCCCGCCCGCACCGCCCGCUGCCGCCGAGCCACCGCUUCCUCGCCGCCGCCAUGCUCGCGCACCAAACACGUCACGUCUGCUAAACUAAUCCCUCUCCUGCCGCGUACUAAUACUGCGAUACCACCGCGUGUGAAUCUAAACUAUACAUUCAUUGCCUAAUCUUGCAACUUCGGUGUCCUAACGUAAUACUAAGAUUAUUAAAUAUAUCUCGUGAAAUUCUUUGUCUAAAAGUGUAAAGUGAAAGGUACGCGAGCGCUAUACUAGUGACGUAAAUCGGUCGUGUGAGAAGCCCGAGUUCGGGCGCGGCCGCCCUACGCCGCCUAUGCGCCGCACUUGUACUGCAUAACUGUGCGGAUACUGCAAUCUGAGAACUAUUAACUAUGGCGACCAUGGUCAACAUGAACAGCCUGCUCAACGGCAAGGACUCGCGCUGGCUGCAGCUGGAGGUGUGCCGCGAGUACCAGCGGAAUAAGUGCUCGAGGCCGGACAACGAGUGCAAGUUCGCUCACCCCCCAACCACCGUUGAAGUGCAGAAUGGAAGAGUAACCGCCUGCUACGACAGCAUUAAGGGUCGAUGUAACCGCGAGAAGCCGCCUUGCAAAUACUUCCAUCCCCCGCAACACCUGAAGGACCAGCUACUUAUCAACGGGCGAAAUCACUUAGCACUCAAAAACGCCUUAAUGCAGCAGAUGGGUCUGACGCCUGGCCAGGUUAUGCCUGGUCAGGUACCUACUGUGGUGGGUGUGGGUGGCGUGAGCGGAGCAGGCGCCGCCGGGACUCACCUCACCGCCCUGGACCCCAUCAGCCUGGCUCUGCUCGCCCCGCAGGCCACGUCGCCGUACCUGUCGGGCGUGCCGGGCGUGGGCUCCACGUACCAGUACUACGCGCCGCAGCUGAUGCCGGCCAUGCUGGGCCACGACCCGGCCGCCGCCUCGCCGCUGGGCGUCAUGCAGCAACCCGUGCUGCAGCAGAAGAUGCCGCGCACCGAUCGCAUCGAGAUGGACAUGAAAAGCGUCGGAUCCUUCUAUUAUGACAAUUUCGCCUUCCCCGGGGUGGUACCGUACAAGCGACCCGCCGCGGACAAGGCCGGCAUGCCGGUGUACCAGCCGGCCACCACGUACCAGCAGCUCAUGCAGCUGCAGCAGCCGUUCGUGCCCGUGUCAUUUACUGGACACCCUCCCGGUGUGCCAAGAUUUUAAUCGGCAAGGAUGCAACCGACCUACCUGCAGAUUCGUUCAUAUUCGUGAAGGGUGCGGGCUGCAGGUGGCGGGCUGCCGCGUGGUGGUGUGUCGCGACGCGGCGGCGGGCGCGUGUCGCCGCGCCGCCUGCCGCUACUACCACAUCCCGGUGACGCUGCCGCCCGCGCUGCGGCCGCCCUAACUACAACACCACCACAACCCGCACCGCUCCACACAGAUCUCACUGUCCCACCCCUUCCCCCUUCACCCUUCAUUCCACUCCCCUGUGUUUGCGACUCGCCCGCGCCCAGCUUCAUCCAUCGACCUCCCCCACGCUC